AUGUAUAUUCGUAGUGUUGAUCUUGAUAAACUUCUGAUUUUAAUUGUUAGCGAGGAAACGGCUUGUGAUCUGAUUCAACGAGCUCAUUCUUAUCCUCAAAUCAAAGCUAUUUUUAUUGUACCUCGCACGAAGUUCAAAAAUGAAUUGUUAGCAAAAUGGUCGGACUAUGUUAGAAUAGUACCGAUCAAUGAAUUAGCUACUCGAAUGAAUUCUUUCAAAUCUCGAUGGCUUCGCAAUGAAUUUGAACGAUUUCAUUUCGACUUGUUCAACACAACGGAAUCUAUUGGUCGUACAUCUAGUGAUUUAAAUGGAGAAUUUCUUACUUCUCAAUAUUUAAUUCAUGUCAUUAUUAGUUUAACACCAUCAGUGAAAGACAAAGAUGAAUUUGUUAACCAAUGUACAAAUGCAUUGAAAAAAUAUAACCCAGGAUUACUGAAAGAUGUUCAAGAGUUUCGAAAUGAUUAUACGCCUAGCGAUGCUUUGACAUAUUAUACUAAACCUACGUUUUUCUUCAAAGAGUUGAAUAUGGCGCUUCGUACACGUAAUGUUGAGUGUCUGUUCCUGUUUCGUUUUUUUAUACGUGACAUUUUCGAUCAAUUAACGCAGAAACAAUGUCAGCAUUCAGUUCGUGUUUAUCGUGGACAACGAAUGCAAAAGGAAGAAAGACACCUACUUGAACAGUCCAUUGGACAGCUAAUAUCCAUGAAUUCGUUUUUCUCAACGUCGCUCAACCGAAAAGUAGCUCUUCAAUAUUUGGGUGAUACAAAUAUUCAACCAAAGAAAAUGAAUAAAACAGAAAUGUAUGAAGAAUAUGUUCUUUUCGAAAUUUAUGCUAAUCCAGAAUGUCGAAGUAGGCCAUUCGCCAUUAUUGAAAAAAAUUCUGCAGUAUCCGAAGAGCAAGAAGUUCUAUUUGGUGCUGGUGCAAUUUUUCAUUUAAAAAGUGUUCAUUGUGAAGAUCAAGGGGAUGGACAUCAUCCUAUUUGGAUAUUUCAAAUUGAAUUGGCUAAUGGAGAAGAACAUGAAUUGAAAUAUCAUUUUAAUCAUUUUCAUUAUAAUUAUGCAAACGAAGAAUUAAUUAAACUAUCUUUCAGCUCAUUUGGUUUACUUCUUUGCAAUAUGGAAAAGUACAAAUUUGGGUCUCAAUUAUUUCGACGUAUUCUGCGCAAUGUUUCUUCGAAUAACCUUGUUGAACAAGCUCGUUGUCAAAAAAUCAUGGGUCACAUUACAAGUGCUCAACAUCAUUAUUGGCAAAGUUUGCGCUGGUACAAAAGAUCUCUUACAACUUAUGCGAUUAUCGAUUCAAAUGCUUAUUCGACAGAGAUUGCAUCUGUGUACGAUGGAAUUGGUCAUGUUUAUUUAGUCAGAAAACAAUAUAAACGAGCUCACAGAUCAUAUCAAAAAUCGCUGACUAUAUGGAAAACAUAUUACGACGAAGAUCAAGACCAAAUAGAAAUAGGAUUUUGCUACAUAAAUGAGGCUCGCGUUUACUUGGCCGAACAACGUCUCGAAAGAGCAAGUGAACUGUUCAGAAGCAGCUUAUGCAUACUUUACAAGUGUUAUUCAAACACACCUAUUCAAGCUACUUUAGCUGCUGCUCAUUGCAUACUAGGUGAAAUUCUUGAAGAAUUGCAAAUGUUUGAUCUUGCUAUCGAUCAUUAUAUGGAAUCGUUGAUUAUUGGAUUAAAAACGUUGUGUCAAGAUGACAGUUCUGUUUUCUCUGUCUAUAGCAAGUUACAAAUAGUCUGCGAGAAAGCAGAAAGAAACUUUGAUCAACUAUUGGCAUACAACAAAAUUCCAGUCAUUCAAGAUCAAACCCAUAUUGAUUAUUAUAAUAAAAACAACGGCACACGCUUUCAAAUGUUAUUUAAAUGUCCUCGUUGUAAACACUGGCAAUGGAUUUUUACUGUCUUUCGACCCGUAAAACGACUUGUCUGCACUGGAUGCUGGAGGAAGCGAUGUCCACGACUUAUGUCUUAUUUUUGGGUACUAACAUGA